AUGCGGUCACAUUCAUUCUACACACAGUUAAAUUAUCCAGACAUACACAGUCAUAUUUCAGAUGCAGUUUCCACCUCUGCUUACUCAUCACCAGCCAAAAGCUUGGGAGACCCUGGAAUAACUCCACUGUCUCCAUCGCAUAUUGUGAAGGACUCUGAUGCAGAUGAUGCUGUAGAACAGUUAUUUCUUGUUGUUGUGGCUAUUGAUUUUGGCACAACAUCCAGUGGCUACGCCUACAGCUUCACCAAGGAACCAGAAUGUAUUCAUGUCAUGAGACGAUGGGAAGGUGGAGAUCCAGGCGUAUCCAAUCAGAAGACACCAACCACAAUCCUUCUGACACCAGAGAGGAAGUUUCAUAGCUUUGGGUAUGCAGCAAGAGAUUUCUACCAUGACUUGGAUCCCACUGAAUCAAAGCACUGGUUGUAUUUUGAAAAGUUUAAGAUGAAGCUACAUACCACAGGUAAUCUUACCAUGGAGACAGACCUGACAGCUGCAAAUGGCAAAAAAGUCAAAGCACUUGAGAUAUUUGCUUAUGCUCUGCAGUUCUUUAAGGAACAGGCAUUAAAGGAGCUCAGUGACCAAGGAGGCUCGGACUUUGAAAACACUGAAGUAAGAUGGGUAAUUACAGUGCCUGCUAUUUGGAAGCAGCCUGCAAAGCAGUUUAUGAGACAAGCUGCCUACAAGGCAGGAAUGGCAUCUCCUGAAAAUCCCGAGCAGCUGAUCAUUGCCCUGGAACCCGAGGCUGCCUCCAUCUACUGCCGAAAGCUCCGCCUGCACCAGAUGAUAGACCUGAGUAGUAGGGCGCCUGUCAAUGGUUAUAGUCCAAGUGACACUAUUGGAACUGGAUUUACACAGGCUAAGGAACACGUCCGUCGGAAUCGACAGAGUCGUACCUUUUUGGUGGAAAAUGUCAUAGGAGAGAUCUGGUCCGAACUGGAGGAAGGUGACCGUUACAUCGUUGUUGACAGUGGAGGAGGCACAGUGGAUAUGACUGUCCAUCAGAUCAGACUCCCUGAAGGACAUCUUAAAGAGCUAUACAAGGCAACAGGUGGGCCAUAUGGUUCUCUAGGUGUGGACUAUGAAUUUGAAAAGCUCCUGUGUAAAAUAUUUGGAGAAGAUUUUAUUGAGCAAUUUAAAAUCAAGCGUCCUGCUGCCUGGGUAGAUCUGAUGAUAGCAUUUGAGUCCCGUAAACGAGCAGCAGCUCCAGACAGGACCAAUCCACUAAACAUCACUCUGCCUUUCUCCUUCAUUGACUAUUACAAGAAGUUUCGAGGUCACAGUGUAGAACAUGCCUUGAGGAAAAGCAAUGUGGAUUUUGUGAAGUGGUCCUCCCAGGGAAUGCUGAGGAUGAGCCCGGAUGCAAUGAAUGCUCUUUUCAAGCCUACAAUUGACCAGAUCGUUCAGCACCUCAGUGAUGUGUUUGAUAAGCCAGAAGUGACCAAUGUCAAGUUUCUGUUCCUGGUGGGUGGCUUCGCUGAAUCCCCCUUACUCCAACAAGCUGUUCAGAGUGCUUUUGGUUCGAGGUGUCGAGUCAUCAUUCCUCAGGAUGUGGGGCUCACUAUCCUCAAGGGAGCUGUUCUCUUUGGUCUAGACCCUGCUGUCAUCAAAGUGCGGCGUUCACCUCUCACCUAUGGUGUGGGUGUGCUCAACCGGUUUGUGGAAGGAAAGCAUCCGCCAGAGAAGCUUCUAAUCAAAGAUGGCACACGCUGGUGCACUGAUGUCUUUGACAAAUUUAUUUCAGCUGACCAAUCCGUAGCCCUUGGAGAAACUGUGACACGCAGUUACACACCUGCCAAACCUUCUCAGUUAGUAAUAGUAAUCAAUAUCUAUAGCUCAGAACAAGAUAAUGUUAGCUUCAUCACUGAAUCUGGAGUGAAAAAGUGUGGCACCCUUCGCCUGGAUCUCACGGGAACUGAUGCUUCAGUGCCAAACCGGCGGGAGAUCAAAACACUUAUGCAGUUUGGGGACACUGAAAUCAAAGCCAUGGCCAUUGAUGUUGCCACCUCUAAAAGUGUCAAAGUUGGUAUUGAUUUCUUAAACUACUAACAGCUCAUUUUCCCCACCACAGCCUGUUUGUGAGAUUGAUCUUCCACUGUUCCAUUUUUUGACUUUUAUGUAUCACAUUAUCAACUUGAAUUUCAGCAGGCUAUAUGAGAACAGCUAGUAAGGUGGGGUAUGUCAUGUUUGUGGCCUUUGACGACCAAAGGCUGGAUUUUGAAAGACCCUUAAAAAGUCUGGGGAGCAAAAGUUCCAGAGGUAGUAAAAGUUCCCAAGUUACUCAAGCAUGCUUAAAAGGUCUACCUUUAUUAAGUAAAUACUGAUUAUUGUUGGGUCCUGAAGAUUAGUUAAAAAGAUAUAAAAUAGUAAUCUCUUUGCCUUGUUGUUCCUCUUCCUCCUCCUUCCAAGAAAAACUCACCCACGUGGUUGCUGUAGGGGAUGCAUCUGUGUGGGAUAUCUGUCUAAACAGCACCAUCCUCUGGCAAUGGGAACAAAUUAGUAGUGGUUUUUUGAUUUUCGCCCUGUGCUUUCAAAAUUUUAAGUGCUGAAAAUCAAUGACUUAAGAAACGGGAAUUGAGGAACUGAGUUUCUUAAAUUCUGAGAUCCUACUGAAAAGAAAACCCUCAGAAAUCCUUAAAAUUAGAUUUAGAAUAUAUAUAUACUAGGAGCCUAAUAUUGAUUGCUCCAGUUUGAAAACAAGGCCUUUAUUGUCAAAGCUCUUAGAACAAGCUGUUGGAUUAAAUAGCUCAUUAUACUUUGGAAAGUUAUUGAGAACAAAGCUAUUUCCCUUUUGGGUCUUCUAAACUUAUUUUUAUUAGUCUCCAUUUGAAAUCAUGGAAUCACAGAAUAGUUGAGGUUGGAGGGGACAUCCAUUGACUGUCUAGUCCAGCCUCUCAGCUCUAAGCAGUGUCAGCUGGAGCAGGAUGCUUUGUCCAGUUUUGAAUGUCUCCAGAGAUGUAGAUGCCUACACUCUGGGCAACCUGUUCCAGUAUUUGACAACCCUCACUGCGAAAGAAAAUUUUUUCUUAUGUUUAAAAGGAAUUUCUUGAGUUUCAAUUUGUGCCUAUUGGCUCCUGUUCCUUCACUGGAUACCUCUGAGAAGUCUGGCCCCAUCUUCUUUACAGUUUUCUGUCAGACAUUUAUACACAUUUGUAGCAUCCCUUGAGCCUUCUUGAGUCUAAACAAGUCUCAGCCCUCUCAGCCUCUCCUCACAUGAUAGAUAUUCCAAUCCCUUAAUCAUCAUGCCUACGUCUCUCAUAUCAAGAAGCACAGAACUGGAUGUGGCACUCCAGAUGUGGUCUCACCGGGGAUGAAUAAAGGGAAAUAAUCACUUUCCUUGACCUGCUGGCAAUAGUCGUCCUAAUGCAGCCCAGGAGGUUAUUGGCAUUCUUUGUUGCAAGGGCACAUUGCUGGCUCACGCUCAACUUUUGUGUCUGCCAAGACCCCAAGGUUUUUUUCUGCCAAGCUGCUUCCCAGCCAGUUGGCCUGCAGCAUAUACUGGUGCAUGGGGUUAUUCCUCCCUAAGUUCAGGACUUUGCACUUCCCUUCGUUGAACUUUUUGAGGUUCCUGUCUGCACAUUUCUCCAGGCUGUCAAGGUCCCUCUGACUCAUCUGGUAUUCAAGCACUUCUCUAAGUGAUUUUAUAUCUUUUCUUGUUAAGCCCUGUGUUAAGAUGUGGAAGUACAUUUAGAUGAUGGUUGUCCAAGAAGAUUUAAAUAAUUUAAAAGAGAGAAAACAUCCAGAUCAAAAGUACGGUAAUAUAUUUUGAGUAGCAAACAUUUAAACUGAGUAAAAUACAUUUCUGAGUUGAGUUGAAUGGCCAGUAAAGUGGAAGGCAGAAGCCAAGGGAAUGAAACUACAGAUAGCAUUAAAUAAAGCAUUCCUUGCAUAGCUAUGAGCAGACAACUCCAAUGUAGGUGAAGCACAAUGAUGGUCAUGGUAGCAUCUUUUUUUUCCAAGUAAUAACUUUCUGGAAAUUUUUCCUUAAGCACAUUCACCUGGGAAAUUUCUCCUGCAACUGGAACAGUUUUUAUUUUGCAAAAUGCACAAUUUUGGUGGAUAACUUCUGAAACCCACAGUCUGUAUCUGCCAUGAGCUGACAAUUUCAGAUUCAAAUCCCGAUCCUACUCCAAUUUGACAGACUGAUGCUAACCUGUAGCAUCACCCUAAACUGCUGACACUGUCAAGAGAAUUUAUAUAGAGCUGCCUGAUUACCUGCUGGAAUUCAUUACGUUCUUGAAACUUUGAAAGGUUAAUUGUUAAACCGAACCGUCCUUUCUAUUAAGUUGAGCAUGAGUUAAAUCCAUUACUGACACUUUUGGGAAAUGAAAGCUUUAUCAAUUACAUCACUAAUUUACGUUCCAAUCCUGCACUUAAGCUUUCUGUGUUUAGCCUGGAGUUUUGCCACAGUAAAGAGCUGCAGAACUGCAUUUUGCCAUUGAGUUUUCUGCGGCUUCUGCAGAAUUCCCUGGUCGAAUGUGAAAUCUGUUCUGUAUAAAAAAAAAAAAAAAAAAAAAAAAAAAAAAAAGUGCAGAGAAUGCUAGUCACAGUAUCCACCUGGAUACUUUCUAUAAUUACAAAGUGUGCUUGCUAGCAUUCAGUUUCCUGCUGCCUGCUAAAUUCUUUAAAAGCUAAAUACUGGGAAAUUUUUUUUGUGUGUGUUGCUUUCCAUGGUUUACAAACAAGAGAAACUUUAAGAUGAGUUAUGAACAAUAUAAUUUUAUGUAUAUACAAUAUUUAAAUAUUGUACAGACUCUUUCUUUCUACAGUGCUAUUUUCUUGUAUAAAAAUGCUCUUUGCCUCUGUUGAUUUCAUUCAGCUGUUAAUUUUAAAUAACAUAGUUUCUCAAUCAGCUUCUGUAAUUAUAGGCUUUUAAAGAUGGUAAGAUAUGAAAUAUAAAAGGCUGAUCUUAUAAUAAUAGGAAAGAAAUGUUGGUGUGUCAGAGAAUACAGCAUUCUUCCUGCAAUGCAAGUCAUACCAGUUAAGCAUAUUACACAGAUGCACUAGUAUGUUGCUGGGAUUUUCAUUUCUUUGUUUCAGACAGUGACCAUUCCAUCUCCAGCAGUUCAUCAUAAUAAUGGAUGAAUCCUCCUGUAAAACCAAGUUAAAAAUUAGAUUGUUUGAUCUGGAUAUACAGCUUCUUCACUACGUUUUUGGCUUUUAUUAAGGAACUU